CUCCCUCUCCAGUCUCCACAACGCCCGCACGGCAUUGACCACGGCGUACGUCUGGACGACUAGUCGCUAGCAUAUUGCCUUCCACACUCACUCUAUAUCAACCUUAACUUGGUGAGUUAUACUGGUCCAUAGCACCAUGCGCCAGCUUUCUGGACGGGCGUUGCUAUACCUCGCGACCCAGCUCGCACUAGCAGCAGUCAAGCUUCUCCACACUUACUUACCAUGGGGUGGAUAUGCCACACGUCCCUUUCAAAUCUCUCUCCCCACACUCGUUAAGAAGCGCAUCUCCAACUGCAUACCAGCACCGAGAUAUAUAAGCCUGCAUCUGCUCCCCGUCAUCUCACCUCCUCGUCAUUGUCUAUAUCUAGGCAUAUCUUCAUCUCGUGGCUGCCUUUGACUAAACCAAUCCUCAGUUCUUGGUCUUCCUUCCUCCACACACAAGUCUAUGUAGCUGCCACCUUAUUGCUUUAACCAAAACUAUCCAUCUUGCC